AUGCCCGUCCAGGACGCCGACCACAACCACCAUGACCCCGACGACGACCUCUCCGCCGACCCCCGCGACUUCUACCUGCACUACCACGACCCCUUUGCCGCCGACCGCCCCGGCCUAGCCUCCUCCCCCAGCGACCCGGCCCGCUGUCGCUCUGCCUCCGCCUCGCGCCCACGCCCGUUCCGCUCCGGCUCCGCUGCGACGCCGCCAGCCCCCGCCGGCCCCCGACACCGCCAGUCCUCGCUCAAGGAGCUGGUCGACCGCUUCAACCACGCCCGCGACGAGGUCCCGCCGCAGCCGUGCUCCCACGCCUCGCUGGCUGCUGUGGCUGCUGUGUCUGCCAAACCCUACACCCGUCCGCUUUCUCGUGCUGCCGCCCUCCCCGAACCGUCGUGGCCGUCCACCCACCGCUCGCCCAGUAGCCAAACUCCCGCUCCAACAAAGGACCUCGCCUCCAACGACCCAAUGCGGCCCACCGCUGCCCGCAAGCCGCUGUUUGGCGAGAUCCUGCCGCUCGACACCUUCGUUGGCCACCAGGAGCGCCGCCGUGCCUCGCACCGUCGCCGGGGCUCCGACAGCUGCAUGCCCUCGCCCGGCCCCAUGUUCCUCGACAUCCCCUUCGACCUCACACCCGCCUGGUCGCCCUCCUCGCCCACCGCCUGGUACCUAGGCUAUAACACAUCCUCCUCCACCACUACUCCCCCCAACCCGCCUCUACUUCAUCGCCGCUCCCGCAGCGACCUCGGCGUCAAUGGCUCGCCGCCUCUGGCCGUGACUAUCAAACACCCGCCGCCGCCCACCGCGCCCGCCGCGCCCGGAAGCCCCCAGGCCAAAUCCCGCUCGCACUCACGCAUCCCCGUCUCCACCCGCCGCCACAGCCAGACCUCCGACUCCGGCAACUCGUCGCCGUCCACCCGCACCAACUCCGCCCUCGACCGCCAUCCCGCCAACGUGUCGCUGCCCCGCAAGGGCGCGAGCGCCUUGCCCAAGCCCGCCCCCAAACGCCGCACCAACUCGCCCAUCUCGCCCCGAAUUACUUCUCCCGCUCGCCGUAACAACCUGCCGCCGCUGAAGAGCCCGACCCUCAACGCCAUCAUCACGGCUCCGCCGCCCAAGGAAUCUCCACCACUGAGAAGCUCGCGUCCCCGCCUGCCCGUCUCGACGGCCACCACCUCCGCCUCGCGCGCCAAGGUCGUCGAUAGAAUCUCCGAUUUCCAAAAUAAUAAUAAUAAUAGUAAUAUGGCUCUGAAGUCGCCGCGGUCGUCGCGCGCCAAGUCGCGCCGGCUGCCCGAGCUGGGCAAUGUCGACUUUGCCGCGAGGCGCCAGCGCAUCCAGCAGGCCUUUAAUCGAUCCAUUGAAGAGAGUAACAAGAAAGAAAUCGCGAAAAGAGCUCAAAGAGCCGCCCGGCUGAAAGAAACCGAGAAGCAGAGUCGGCUCCAAGGAGAUGAGGAGAAGUCCGAGCACCGCGAGCCGCCCGCCGCGGUCGCGGAGAAGGUCGUUAGGGACGACGACCACAACGACGACCAAGCUCCCCAAGCUUCUGAUGUGGGCGAGGAUCAGGAAGCGUUUGUCACCGCCGACGAGCAAUCGCCCGGGUUCGACAAACCUACGGAAAAACCGUUCUUUCACGACGACAGCGAGAAUAAAGCCCUGACUGAGUCAACCUGCACUGAAACCCUGGACAUCCCCAUCGCCCGCCUAAACGCCCGCCCGUCCUCCGUCUGCUCCGAUGUGGCCCCCGCCUCCGCCGUCACCGAUACCACCACCAUCGACAUGGAGCCGCAGACCGACUUCCCGCAGCCCACGGCCUCGCACCGCACCAUGCUCAGCCACAUCAUGCAGAUGCGUGAAUCCAGCCCUGACAUCACCGACACCAGCGACGACGACGAAGAAGAUUCGUCUUCCUCGUCGUCGUCGUCCGGCCGCGACAAGGAGUCCAUCCAGAUCAUGCUGCGCCAGACCUACUUCGACCCCGUCGACACCAGCAGCGAGAACCAGGAGUACGCCGAGGAGGAGGACGCCGACCACGACCGCCGCAGCAGCAGCCUGGCCGAGCGCCAGCGCUGGAGCAUGAGUUCGUGGAGCUCGUCCAUCCAUCUCCACAGCAAUAAUAGCGAGGAAUUAGGUUCGGCCGCGGCCGCCAAGGCUGAAGCGCUUCCACACGACGACGACCACCACGACAAUCACUCGGUUUGCGCUGGCGGCGAGCGGGUGACCACGCCGCAGCCGGCGCAGGGCCCCGGUGAGCGCGAGUUGACUGGAUCGGCAUCGUCGUCGAACGUGGUCCAGGACGCUUCGCCGGAGAGCCAGAAGCAGACGCCGCGGUCGGGAGAGCGGUUCAGCCUGAAUCUGAUGCAUCGAUACCCCGACUUGGCCAAGCAGGCGAAAUGGGACACGAAGCGCGCGACGCAGCUGUACCUGCAGGAGUUGGCGAAGGCUGGGUUCGCCCAGCCGCGCAUUCCGGAACCCACGGCGAUAUCAACUACCCCUACAACUACAACUACUACUAAAAAGGUCGAAGACGAGAAGAACGCGGACGAUGGCGGCCUGGGCGGGGACGCCGUGAUGCUGCCGGAGUCCAAGUCGAUCCCGCCCGCGGAGUAUAUCCCGCAGCUUGCGAAUUUGAACCUGAGGGACGAUUGGGAGCGCGCCUCGCCGUCCAUUGCGGACUGGAUGCACCUCGCUGCGACGGAAAAGGAGACCCAGCAGCAGCAGCAGCGCGAUGCGGCGUUGACGCCGCGGAUAUCGACAUCGACCCCGAGACUGCGUGACCUGUCGACCAACAUCGACGCCGGAAGCGGCCUGGGAGUGUCCAUUCUUAUCCAGAGCCCGCAGGAUGGCGAUUCGCCUACGAUUCCAGAGCUGCCGACGUACCCGCCUCCGCCCCCGCCCGUGGAGUUAGACGCGCAGAAGGAGGAUAGCCUGGAGAUGUUGCACCCGGUGCCGCUGCUGCAGGCGUCGCCCAGUAUUUACUCGCAGGAUGCGUCGCCGGACAUGCUGCCUACUAUUUCCUUUGUUCCCAAGGACAUCGACACGGACGCCCGGACGAGCAAUGGUUCUUCGUUUGACCAGACCUUGACGUCUGGAAUUGUUGACCCCACACGUGCUUCGCAGGAGCUGACGGCCGAUGCUCCGGGGCAGCAUCUUGAAGCUCCGUCGCCCAUGAAAACGCCGACGCCGGAACAGCGGCGGUUGAAGAAGAGGCUGCUGGUGAUCAAGGAGCUGAUCGACACCGAGUACACGUUCGGCCAGGACAUGACGGUGGUGGUGGAUAUCUACAAGGGCACGUCGAGUUCGUGCGGCCUGACGCCGGAAGACGUCAAGAUUCUGUUUAGUAAUUCGGAGCAGGUGGUCAAGUUCUCGAUGGAUUUCCAAGACGCGCUGAAGCAGGCGGCGAAAAGUGUGUACGUGCUGCCCAAGUCGCAGCGCUGGCUGAGCAAGCGCGCCAGCAAGUAUGUCCCGAACGCCAGCAACAGCGGUAGUCCUGGUGGUAGUAGUGUGCAGGAGAACCCCGAGGUUUCCGACGACGAGAAGGAUCGCCAGACGACGGUGGGCCAGACGUUCAUCGAGCUGAGCACACGCAUGGAGAAGGUGUACUCGGAGUAUCUGAAGAACCACGACGCGGCGAACAAGACGCUAGACACGCUGCUGAAGAACAAGAACAAGCACGUCAACAUCUGGCUGAAGGAGUGCCGCGACUGGGCGUCGGACCUGACCACGGCGUGGAGCCUGGACUCGCUGCUCGUCAAGCCCGUGCAGCGCGUGCUCAAGUAUCCUCUGCUCCUGACAGAGCUGCUCAACACGACGCCGACGGACCACCCGGACCACGCGGCGCUGGCGGACGCGCUGCGCGAAACGACGGCGAUGUCGGUGCGCAUCAACGACAUGAAGAAGCGCGCGGACGUGGUGGGCCAGGUGGUGGGCAGCCGCAAGCGCAAGGAGUCGGACGUGCGCGCGGGCCUGUCCAAGGCGUUCGGGCGGCGCACGGAGAAGCUGAAGCAGCACGUCGGGCUGUCGGAGAUGUUCACGGACAAGGAGUACGACGCGCUGGCGCAGCGCUUCGGCGACAACUUCUUCCAGCUGCAGCUGGUCAUGCGCGACGUCGAGCUGUACACGACCGAGAUGCAGACCGCCACGGCCCGCUUCCACGAGUUUGUCGUGGCCAUCGAGGCGUAUAUGACCGUGGCGCCGUCGAAUUACCCCGAGAUCGAGAGCAAGUGGUGCCGCUUCCGGCUGGCGGCGAAGGACGUGGUGGCCGUGGCGCUGGUGGAUCAUCUGGCUGCCGUUCGCAAAAGCGUUAUUGCCCCCAUGGUGACGCUGCUGAAGCUGCACGACGGGCCGCAGCGGGUGAUGCAGAAGCGCAACAAGCGGCUGCUGGACUACGUCAAGUACAAGGCCAUCAAGGACCGCGGCGACCGGCCGGACAAGAAGCUGACGGAGCUGGGCGAGCAGUUCGUGGCGCUGAACGUCACGCUCAAGGAAGAGCUGCCGCGGCUGCUGGCGCUGACGGGCCGGCUGAUGGAGGCGUGCCUGAACAGCUUCGUGCAGCUGCAGACCGGCUGGCACGCGCUGGUGCAGAAACGACUAGGCUUCGCGCUCGACCGCCUGCCGCCCGACGUGGCGGCCAUCCUCAGCGACUGGGCCGGCGACUUCACGUUCAGCGAGGCCCAGGUGUUGUCGCUGGGCGUGUGCAACGGCGCCGUGCUGGCCGACAUCGCCAACGUGCACGGCAGCGAGCAGCCUGCAGCGACGACGUCGUCGUCGUCGUCGUUGCCGUCGCGCCGUCCGUCCAGCACCGCUGCCAGGACCUUCUCCGUCGAGUACGGCGCGUCGCCCAAGACCUCCGUGGACUUCGCCGCUGCCGCCGGCUUGCCCGCGUACCCGGCCGACGCCCUCCACACCAGCAGCGGCCGGUCGCGCGCCAGCUCCAACUUCUCCUCCAGCGCCUACAUCACGCCCGCUGCCGCUGCCGCCACCGCCAGCGGUAUCAUCCACACCACCCCAUCCUCGUCGCGCAACAGCACGGCGGCCAUCUCCAGCAGCGCAGCUGCGUCGUCGUACCGCACGUCCGACGCCUCGCCGCUGCUGCCGCAGCUCUCGCUCGACACGCCGCGCUUCCCCGAGUUCUUCCCCGACCCGCUCGUUCCCUUGAACACGCCCACGCACGUCCCGCCCGAUCUCGCCGACCACCCGUCGUCGCCCGACGCCCCGCGCUACUCGGGCUUCUUCUCCUCCGCAAUGCCCAUGGCUGAGACGACCACCACGACCACCGCUCUGCCCAGCACUAGCGUGCCGUCCGCCUUACAGCAACAGCAGCAGCAGCAGCCGCUGUCGCCGCCGCCGCCGCCGACCGUCGUCAAGGAGCCCAAGGUGCUGUUCCUCGCCGCCAGCAUGUACGAGUUCAACAUCGACCGCGCGCGCCGCGAGGCCGGCUAUCCGUACCUGACGUACGUGGCCGGCGAGAUCUUCGACGUCAUCGGCGAGAAGGGCGACCUGUGGCUGGCGCGCAACCAGGACGAUCCCACGCAUCAGGUCGGGUGGAUCUGGCUGCGGCAUUUUGCGAAGCUGGCGGGGUAG